GCUGCGAGCAGCGGGGAGGGCGGCGAGGGCGAUUCGCUUGCUAAGAAAUGCCCUGCUGAACUUUGAAUAUAUUAGUUGACAUCAGUACGAGUUGGGGCUGCCAGCCUCUAGCUCCCUCCUCCUUCCCUACCUCCUCCUCCUCCGCCUCCUCCUCCUCCCCUCGGUCUCCGAUGGAAAGAGUUGAAGCCGUGCUGAUAGGAGCCGCCUGGAAGAGACAGCGGAGCGCCCGGGAGGACUUCGGUCCCAACUCCGGCCGCGCCGCGGGGACGCUGCCCGCCGCCGCUCGCAUGGCCCGGGGCGGCACUCCCUGAGCGCCGGGCUGGGCAGAGCCGCCGCUCCUCUCCCCUGCUCGCCCCGAGCCGAGCCGAGCCCAGCCGCGCCGAGCCGAGCCCAGCCCUUCCGAGCCGAUCCCAGCCGCGCCGCGGCUGCCCCCGCUGCUGCGGCAGCCGGAGCGCGAUGUGCCGGUGAGCCCCGCACCGGGAGCCCCGCGGCCGCCCCAUAAAUCAUCCACAAACAAGCUUAUGAGAAAAAUAGAAGAAAGAAGGCCAAAGAGGCAUGCCAGAGAAGGAAGUUUGCAGAGUCCAAAGGAUUCAGAGAAGACUGCAGUGGGACUGCCUCUGAGAGGGAGUGUUUACAUCACCAAUUCCUGACGGGUUUACCUUCUGGGACUCCAACCUUGGACUGCUGCCGGGACAUUUGUCUUGGGCUUGUCCUCUGGGCUGGUCACUAAGGAUUUUCCCUGGAGCGUGACUUCGAAUAUGACACUUCAGUAAUGCAGAAGCUGUAUCCUCCCUGGGUCUAUCUUGGAAGCUAGUUCUGCAGCCGCCCUUCAGUCAUGAUUGUUUCAAGAUUAAAGGCCAUUUCCCUGUCAUUGCCAAGCCUUUUUCUUCUUGCUUUUCAUCUCUCAGCAUCACAGAAUGUACCUGAAUACUCUGAAGCUGAACAUCAGCAAUGUGUCAGGAAAGAACACCCCACAAUUGCUUUUGAAGAUCUGAAGCCCUGGGUGUCAAAUUUCACCUAUCCGGGUGUGCAUGACUUUUCUCAGCUUGCACUGGAUGCCAACAGGAACCAGCUCAUUGUGGGAGCAAGGAACUACCUCUUCAGACUUAGUCUACACAACGUUUCUCUUAUUCAGGCAACAGCAUGGGGUUCAGAUGAAGACACCAGGAGGUCCUGUCAAAGUAAAGGGAAAACAGAGGAAGAGUGCCAGAACUAUGUCCGAGUGCUGAUUGUUUAUGGCAAGAAGGUUUUUACCUGUGGUACCAACGCCUUUUCACCAGUGUGUUCCAGUCGACAGGUAGGAAAUCUCAGCAAAAUCAUUGACAGAAUUAAUGGAGUGGCUCGGUGCCCAUAUGACCCUCGGCAUAACUCGACAGCUGUGAUUACAUCACGAGGAGAACUCUAUGCUGCAACUGUGAUUGAUUUUUCUGGACGGGAUCCUGCUAUUUACCGCAGCCUUGGAAAUGUUCCCCCACUUAGGACAGCACAAUACAACUCCAAAUGGCUCAAUGAGCCCAACUUUAUUGCUGCCUAUGACAUCGGUUUGUUCACCUACUUCUUCUUCCGUGAGAACGCAGUGGAACAUGACUGUGGGAAAACAGUGUAUUCUCGUGUGGCAAGGGUUUGCAAAAAUGAUAUUGGAGGGCGAUUUUUGCUGGAGGACACAUGGACAACCUUCAUGAAGGCCAGACUGAACUGCUCCCGUGCUGGAGAAAUCCCUUUCUAUUACAAUGAAUUGCAAAGCACCUUCUACCUUCCUGAACAAGAUCUGAUCUACGGUGUCUUCACGACUAAUGUAAACAGCAUAGCUGCCUCAGCAGUGUGUGCCUUCAACCUGAGUGCCAUUACUCAGGCGUUUAAUGGCCCUUUCCGUUACCAAGAAAACCCAAGAUCAGCCUGGCUGCCAACGUUAAACCCCAUCCCUAAUUUCCAGUGUGGGACGCUGAAUGAUGACAGCCCUAAUGAGAACCUGACGGAGAGAGUCCUGCAGGAUGCACAGCGCCUGUUCCUGAUGAAUGAUGUCGUGCAGCCGGUGACUGUAGAUCCGUAUGUGACUCAGGACAGCAUUCGAUUCUCCAAACUGGUGGUUGAUAUUGUUCAGGGGAAGGAUACCCUCUACCACGUGAUGUAUAUUGGAACAGAGUAUGGCACCAUCUUGAAGGCCCUUUCUACCACUAACAGGAGCCUAAGGAGUUGUUAUUUAGAGGAAAUGCAGAUCCUCCCUGAUGGACAACGGGAAGCAAUCAAGAGUCUCCAAAUCCUGCACAGCGACAGGUCGCUCUUUGUGGGCUUAAAUAAUGGAGUGCUAAAAAUUCCUCUGGAGAGAUGCUCCAUGUACAGAACAGAAGGGGAAUGCCUAGGAGCCAGAGACCCUUACUGCGGCUGGGAUAGCAAGCAGAAGCGAUGCACCACCAUUGAGGACAGCUCCAACAUGAGCCUGUGGACUCAAAAUAUUACUGAAUGCCCAGUGAAAAACCUGACAACAAAUGGAAGACUGGGGCCUUGGUCCCCAUGGCAACUGUGUGAGCACUCGGAUGGGGACAGCACAGGCUCCUGUAUGUGUAGGUCACGUUCAUGUGACAGCCCUCGUCCUCGCUGUGGAGGUCGCGCUUGUGAAGGGGCCAGGAUUGAGGUCGCAAAUUGCUCAAGAAAUGGCGCUUGGACACCCUGGUCCUCCUGGGCCCCAUGCAGCACCUCUUGUGGGAUUGGCUUCCAGGUCCGCCAGCGAUCCUGCAGCAAUCCUGCUCCACGAUAUGGGGGCAGGGUCUGCGUUGGACAGAGCAGGGAAGAAAGAUUCUGUAAUGAGAACAAUCCAUGUCCAUUACCGAUUUUUUGGUCUUCAUGGGGACCCUGGAAUAAAUGUAGCGUGAACUGUGGUGGAGGGAUUCAUUCAAGGCAGAGGUCCUGUGAAAACGGAAAUACAUGUCCAGGCUGUGCUGUGGAAUAUAAGACCUGCAACCCAGAGAGCUGCCCGGAGGUGCGCAGGAACACCCCCUGGACCCCCUGGAUGCCUGUGAACAUCACCCAGAAUGGCGCCCGCCAGGAGCAGCGCUUCCGCUACACGUGUCGUGCCCAGCUGUCAGACCCCCACGAGCUGCAGUUUGGGAGGAAGAAAACCGAGAGUCGUUUCUGCCCCAACGAUGGCUCAGCUGUGUGUGAUACUGACUCUCUUGUUGAUGACCUCCUCAAGACUGGUAAGACCUCUGCACGGAUUAUCAAUGGGGGCUGGUCCUUUUGGGGGGCCUGGUCUUCCUGUUCCAGGGACUGUGAGCUGGGCUUUAGGAUCAGGAAGAGAACAUGCACAAACCCUGAACCUAAAAAUGGUGGCUUACCCUGUGUGGGGUCAGCGAUGGAGUACCAAGACUGCAAUCCGCAUCCCUGCCCAGUGAAAGGCUCGUGGUCUUGCUGGACUCCUUGGUCUCACUGCUCAGCAACCUGUGGAGGUGGGCACUACCAGCGCACACGGACGUGCACCAAUCCGGCCCCAUCCAGCGGGGAGGAUAUCUGCAUCGGCCUGCACACCGAGGAGGCCCUCUGCAACACGCACCCCUGCGAAGGUGGCUGGUCGGAGUGGUCGGAGUGGAGCCUGUGUAAUGAAGAGGGCAUCCAGUACCGCAGCCGCUACUGCGAGGUGCACAGCCCGGACUCUUCUCAGUGCGUCGGGAACAGCACCCAGUACCAGGAUUGCCUGUACAAUGAAAUCCCUGUGAUCCUGCCAGCCUCCAGCAUUGAUGAGAGCACGAACUGUGGAGGUUUUAGUCUCAUCCAUCUGAUUGCCACUGGGGUCUCCUGUUUCUUUGGCUCUAGCCUCUUAACGUUUGUGAUUUACGUGUACUGCCAGCGCUGUCAGAGGCAGUCCCAGGAGUCCACCGUUAUCCACCCCACCACUCCCAACCAUCUCCAUUACAAGGGCAACACAACCCCCAAGAACGAGAAGUACACCCCUAUGGAGUUCAAGACACUUAACAAGAACAAUUUGAUACCAGACGACAGGACCAACUUCUACCCGUUGCAGCAAACCAAUGUGUACACAACAACCUAUUAUCCCAGUACACUGAAUAAAUAUGACUACAGGCCUGAGGCCUCCCCUGGAAGGACCUUUACCAACAGCUGAUGAUGGACAGAUCCUACAGGACUGGAUAACUUCCUAUAUGAUUUUUUUUUAAUUGAUUUUAUGGACCAAAUACCGGCCCAGCCUCUAGAUGUAAAUAUUGUACAGUAGGGUCUCUUUUUUUUUUUCCUUUGGUUAAUUGUAUUUCUUGUAAACAGCACAUCUCCUUACAAGGACAAAAAUGCAUAUGGACCAUUCUGCAGAGCUUUUGUGGACAUUUGGCUGGAGAUGGCUCUUACUACUGCAACUGUUUAUGGUGGGAAGAUGAGUGUUACUGUCCAAGGCGACGUUGUCGAGGAGGGGGAUGUGUGCUGGGCUUGGUGGCCACUGUGCAGCAGCACACAACACACAGGAGCACUCCAAGCAAGGCCAGACGUGGCCUUCCUGGGGCAGGGGUGUCUGUCUGAUGAAGAGCAUCCUUCCUGAGCCAGGAGAGCAAUGAUGUGCUGGAUGACACACAGCCUGUGAGACAGGCCAAACAGGACUCCAUCGUGCCAACAACUUGAAGAACAUUUUCUUUUCCUUUUUUUUAUUUUUGAUUUUUUUUUAAUGUUUCUGGAAAAAAAAAAAAGUAGUAACUUUCUAGGGCAGUGUUCCCUUUAUCUUCAACAGAAUCUUUUCAUAUUACAGGAAAUACUCUCUGCAGCCUUCUUUGGUAAUACGCAGUUCAGCUGAUGAGAAACAACACACAAACAAAAGUGCAUUAUCCAAAGAAGCUUUCCAGAAUGUUUCCAGUCUUAAUUAAAAAAAAUUAUACAGGCAGUGAGACACUGAGAAAAGUAAAUGUUGGAGUAACAUCGAAGACAUGAACUUGGAGUGCCUAACAAACAAAGAUGUUUAUAUCACUGGAACAAGAGAUGUGAUGAUUGCCGCACAAGAGCCAUGGGCUUAUUUUCUUUCUUCCUUUUUCUUUUUUUCUGAGACAGCAUUAACUCUUUUGUUCUAGCUUUGAUCCUGAUUGCGCCUACCAGGAAAGGCAACCUUAGAGGCCAUGCUCUUCUUGUGGGAAAUCACCAUGCUUUGGGCUAAUAUUUCCUCUUGUUUUAUUAUUGGGUUUUAGUUCCUUUACUCUCAACGAGUGAAUAAUUCUGACUUUGCAGGGGUAAGGUAUUUUUAUAAGGAAUGUUUCCAUAGUCUGACAUGACCCAGAAAGUCUGCUGCACAUUCUUAUAGCGUCUUCCAGUGAAAUCGUAACACAGCUGAGUAAUGUGCAUUGUUUGCCAGUAUUUCUUUAAUUUUUCUGAGAAAAACAACCCAACAAACAAAUGCUGCUGCAGCUAUUGAAGUAAAUUGGGGCAGUAGCAUUAUUAAACAGUAUAUCCAGCCUUGAAAUGUAACUUUGUGUAUGUGUGUGACUGUGUCUAUAAGAACUGUAUUCGUCUGAUGCAGAAGCCAUGUUGUCUACAACCAGAUGUUUGUCUGACAUAAUUGUUUGGCAAAAAGGAAACUUAUUGCUGGUGCUUAAUGUACAGUUACAUCCAGUGUGUUAGCAACGUGAACAAGUUCACCGCUGUUACCAUUCAGUGUUUCUAAAUAUUUAUAAUGAACUCCUGAUGCUAAGGAUUUUAGAAUGUCGCAAUACAGAGCAUGAGAUAAAAGUACACCCUGAAAUACGCAUGAGCUCCAUGUGGUCCUGAGCUUGGCUUUGUCGUCUGCAUCUUACUCGAGCAGUUGCCAUGCCCGUGCCUGGCCGCUGACCCGGCCGUGUUCCCAGCAGUCCUGUCUGUCUGUGCUUAAUUCCAGAUUUCGCUGUAAGCCGACAUUGAUUGUUGCUCAGUGCUGUUCCUUUGCAGUUGCUUGUUUGGAAGUCCAGCUUGGGCUGUGUACUCAGCUCUUUCACGUAGGCAGCUGGUAGGAUAUGAAGGAAGACUGAGUUGCUUGUGACAAGUAUAUUGCUUUUCCUGUGAGGAAGAGCCAGCGUGGCUCUGUAAGCCUGUGUUAUGGCGGUUUGACCAGAGGGCGAGUCUAAAAUAGCCUCCCAUUUUUAAAUUACUUUGUUUGACUUCGGUUUGCAGUGAUUGAAGGCUGUAGGGAUAUUUGUAAUGGGGUGAGGUCCUUAGCACUGCCAUGAAGGCACCUUCCGCUCAGCGGUGCACAUCUUCAGCAGCUACUUUUCUGGUUUAGCAGCUGAUCCUGCUUCUUUGGUCCCACCAGAUGAAAUAGAGGGGACAGAUGGAGAGAGAGAGAGAGGUACUCUUAAAUAGAUGUAAGCUGAUGGAGACCUAGGAGAUCUGUCUGAAGCAACCUGCUGCAACCUUCCAAGUAGGCACAGGAGUUCAGCACCUCUGACCCUCCACAGCAGCACAGCCAGGCAAGAGUAGCAGGAGUGAAACAGGAACACCAGGGAAGCAGGAUAGCACUGGCAGCAGGUACCAGCACCUACAGAGAGACUCUUCCCAGGACCCUAAAUUCCAUUUGAGGAGCAGUGCCUCGUGCCGUGACGAGUUCACCCCAUCUCUCUGAAUUUCCACAUCCCUCUCAGUAAGACUGAAGAUCCUGAUUUAAAGUAGUUCUAAGAAGUGUGUAGCCAUGGGGUUGAAAAUUAUUAUAUUAGACUAUCAGGAUGGGAUUUCCCAGAUUUAGUUUAUGUGAUUCAGGAGAAAACACUGGUUCCCAAGAUCCUUCUAGCUACUGAAAAAUCAAAACUGUCUCUGAGCUUCCCCUUCAGAAGAUUCCCUAUAUUGGCACACUCUGCAAUUACCAUGCACACGGCCAGAUUGCAGCUGGAGUUGUGGGGGAUGUGAGCAAGUCAAACCUUGCAAUUAUCUCAAUUUUUUUAUUUUUUUCUUUCUCUUUCCCCCUCCCUGCCUCUAAAUAUUUUUUUCCCAUUUUUGGCUUCACAGAAUAACAUGAUGUAAAUGGAUUUCUUUUCCCAAAGUACCAUAUAGCAGAUGAAAUUAUUUAAAUGUUCAACUCACCAAGACAGAUGAUUACUGCCAUUGUGCUCAGGAGGUGGAUAUUGGAGACUAUUGGAGGCAAAUGCUUUGAGGGUGAUGCACAUGGUUAUAGUUUCAUCAAGACAUUCCUUCUUACCAGCCAUCCAAAGGGAUUCAGUCCUUUUUCAUAUAAUUGGCAAUCACAGCAAGGGGCUGUAGUCUCCAUUCGAGCAGAAAGCAGGAUCCAGGAGAGAGUGAAAAAAAAGAAUCAGAACACUUAUUACUCAAUUAAUGUUUGCAGGAGAGUGCAGUUCUUUAAGGAGGAUGUUAAUGUGGUGUGAGAGUUGCAUUUUUUAUGAGCUCUCUAAUGCGUGGCAGGUUAAUGACACCAUGUGCAGUGAUAUCUUGCAAUCCAGGUAAUUCAGAACCUUGAGCAUCAGGUCUGUAAUAUCUGUAUCAGUUUGAAUUGCCCCUGCAAUUCGAUGUUAAACUUGCUAAAAUUUCCUAUUCCUAAAACCAUCUCAAAUUACACUGGAAAUGCAUUUCCUGUGGAAAUAUUGUUUUCCAAAAGACUCAUAUAAUUUUUUUUCUUUUACUUCUAAGAUAGAAGGGGAACUCUGAGCAGUUUCUGUGUAGGUCUGGAGACACUGUGUCUCUGCAAACCCUUUGGGUAGUAUUCAGGUAUACAGUGUGUGAAAUAUGAUGGAAAUCCUACAGCCAAGUAUGUAGUGGAAACAUCUUUAAUUAGGCCAUUCUUUCUUUUUCCAUGGAAGUGAAAAAAGCCAAAGGGGUGUGCAUGAUGGUGCUAUCCAGGCUGUGUUGUGCUGUUGCUGUCAGGCUUUCCUUGAGCAGCUGUCACCCACCAGGAAUACCUUGUGCUGCUCGCUAACAAACAAACCAUUGAUGAUGAAACCAUCGCGUAAGAGGUGCUGUUGCUCUAAGGGUGCACUUGAAUGUUCCAGCAUGUGAGCCAGGGCUGCUCUUAAAUAUAUGAACUGUACAGAUACUGUAGGAGAAGAAUAUGUAUGGUCUUACCACCACUGUUCCUAAUGCCUUACGUUCAGAAAAUGAAGUGCUUGGUUUGAAAUCAGCAGAGAGCAGGAAUGGAUCCCGUGUCUGACACAGACAAUUUGAUGCCUCCAGUGAUAAUCUGAUGUUCAGCCCACCUGGAGAGAAAACCGCUGUCCAUUGAGAUUGAUUUAUUCUUUGUACCAAAUGUAGUGGGGGAGAGUUAUAUAUAUAUAUAUAAAUAUAUAUAUAAAAAAAUGUAAAUGUAAAGUUUGUGUAACAACUUACUCUUUUUUUGUAACAGUGUAUACAUCUAUCAGUGGAUAGAUACAGUAUAUAUUUAUAAUAUAUACACACGCAAUAUAUAUAUUUAGCAAAAUGCCUGCAGAGGAAACUUAGAAUAAGAAAGGCGGUGCUGGUAUUCAAAUACCACAGGGACAAAGUGAAGAAAAAACCCUGUAAAAAUCUACUAUCCUUUCUAUUAGGUUUAAAAACCCACUUUUGAGGUAAAUGAAAUAUAAUUUUUUAAUUGAAAAAUACAUUGAUUUUUCUAGUUAGAAAUGCUGAUUCUCCCCUGAAUCAUUCUGGUUAAGAGUGAUUAAGAAAAAGAUACUUGUUACUGCUUAUAUUUUCAGAAUAAGCCUCCCAAAUUUCUCAUGUGUAUCCCUCUAUUGUUUUUCUAAUUAUAAGUAGGGAGUAAUCGUGCAAAGAAAAUUAAAAUAGCAAGUAGGAGUAACAAAUCUUGUACCAUUAGAGCAAAAGACAUCAUUUGUUAGAACAGGAAAACUGUCAUCUUCCAUGUUUAAGAAGUCAGUAACUGCCUUCUGAGUUAUUGAUCUGCAUUACAAGCCUUGCCUUAUCGGCACACUAGGAGGCUUUAGUACAAAAUUUAGGAAAAUAGCCUGCAAACCCAUGGCUUUUGGUUUUCAGAGGGCUUCAAAAAAAGCCACAGGGCCAUGGGAGUCAGGCACCUGGUGCCCUGGGUGUCUCUGGAGCUUUCUGUGUCAGUGGCCAAGGCUCUGCAUUCAUUUCUUGCCCCGUCAAUCCCACGAGCCAGCCCAUAUGCAUGGCAGGGCACAGCACCCCUUGGAGCUGCCUGGUAUAAGAGAGAAAUACCCAAUAAAUGGGGUUUGAAGAAUUUUAUUUUUUUCCCAACAAAUCACUUUGCAAUGCCCUCAUGACCAAGCCCAAAGUCCAACAGGUGAAUCUUUCCCUUAAACUUGUUAAGAGGAAACAUCAGGUAGCUUCAAGAGCAGUUUUGGGGUAGGUGAAAGAGGUUUCUGUCCAAUUUUGUGUUGCCUGAUUGCCAGAGCCUUCAAAACUGGGCAAAAAGCCCUCUGGAGCUGGGUCCUUGUGGGACUUACCCAGUCUCAGCUGUUCUGUCUGGAAAUUCCUCCUUUGGACCCUUUGGGAAAUAUUAGCGUCUGCAUUAGUCCUGCUUAGAGGAGCAAAACCAGCAACCCACUAUUUACAUAACCACAAAUAUAAGUGCUCAAUUGCAUUCAACAUAAGUUUGGGUCUUGAACCUGUUAUUUUUAACAUUCUGCCUCCAGCCUCAGCUGCAAACUCACCCCUGCUGUUCGAGAGGGUUCAGUGCUGUAAGAGCAGCAUUUGGCUUUCUGCAGGUCCCAGCCACGAGCUGGUUUUAAACAAAUCUGAUUGUGAAAAGUAUUAAUGCUGCACUCUUGGCUCUGACAGCUCUGUAAUCCAGCAGGAUGCUGCUGAUUCGCAGGCCGCAGAGUCAAGCAGAGGACGGCGUGGAUGGGCCAUUAAUAACUGCAGCAAAAAUGUUAUUAGCACCAAAAUGUCAAACAAUGUAAAAGCCAGCCAGCUGCUCGGCAGUGUGCUCUCCAUCCACACCCUCCUUAGACAGCAUCCAAACCUGCCCAUAUCUAAAAGUAAUGCACUUAAAUAGGAGCAUUCCUACAGAGGAAGCUUUAGGGAGGAUGUAUGGUAUGUGAGGUGGAAAUGAUAGGAUUUAGCUUGUAGUUGAGGUGGGAGAGUGACAGAUGCAAUAUUGGAUCUUGGGUACAUGGGAAACGAUUAUGCCAACACAGUAUGCUUGCCCCAAAAUUACAAAACCUGGAGAGUAUUAUUGGACUCUGUUGUGAAGGCACAUCACCCUUCCUAUGCAAUCGAACUUGAUGGUACUUUAGCAUAAAGGUGACCUAGACUGUAAUCACUGCCUUUAGACACUGUGAAUUUUUUUUGGGUACUCUGUAUUUUUAUAUAUUGUACAAUGUAAAGAAUAAUUCAGAAAUAAAACAGACCAAC